CAUUGGCGUGCGCAUGCGCAGACAGCCGCUGUGCGCUUCCCUGCGUGGAGAACCGAAGCGGAUCCACGUGACCCGCCCGUCGGGAUCCUCAGCAGCGCCACACGCCCAUGAACUCCGACCGCCGCCGCACCACACAUCACGGAGACCGGCUCCACUCGCGGACACGGUGAACACAGGCGCGCUCGGCCCGGAUCUGAUGACGACGCUCGGGAUGUGGAGGCUGCAGUGACGGGAGAGAUCAGGGAAGAGACUCCCUCCAGGAGUCCGUGUGUCUGUGCAUCACCUUCAGCUGAGCGAGCAGACACAAAGGUAAACGCGGGCGGUACCUGAUCUGACCCCUGACUUCAGUGACCUUCAGCAUCUUCACAGCCUCCUUGACCCGACCCACAAGCCUCACAGUCCCGCCCCUUAGCAUCCGUUACCAUGGCAACAGCCAAGCCCAAAGGGCAGAACUCGCUGGCUCUGCACAAGGUGAUCAUGGUCGGGAGCGGCGGAGUGGGGAAGUCCGCUUUAACUUUGCAGUUCAUGUAUGAUGAGUUUGUGGAGGACUACGAGCCCACGAAAGCGGACAGCUACAGGAAGAAGGUGGUUCUGGACGGCGAGGAGGUGCAGAUAGAUAUUCUGGACACCGCCGGUCAGGAGGACUAUGCAGCGAUCAGAGAUAACUACUUCCGAAGCGGCGAGGGCUUCCUCUGCGUCUUCUCCAUCACCGAAUUAGAGUCUUUUGCAGCGACUGCUGAUUUCAGAGAGCAGAUUCUGCGGGUGAAGGAAGAUGAGAACGUCCCCUUCCUGUUGGUGGGAAAUAAGUCGGAUCUGGAGGACAGGAGACAGGUGAACGCCGACGAGGCCAAAGCCAGAGCGGAUCAGUGGGGCGUGUGCUACGUGGAGACGUCUGCUAAAACCAGAGCCAAUGUAGACAAGGUUUUCUUUGACCUCAUGAGGGAAAUUCGUGCUAGGAAGAUGGAGGACAGCAAGGAAAAGAACGGAAAGAAGAAGGGAAAAAGUCUGGCCAAACGAAUCCGUGAAAGAUGCUGCAUUUUAUAGUGUCUGCGAUCAUUUACUCUUCUCCUUCUGCUUAUGUACCUGUAUGUUCAAUAUUUUUGCGAACUAAUCCUCGCCUGCGAUGUUUCCUGGUGUUAGUGUGUCAGAUUAGAUGAAGGACGGUCUGAUACAGUUGAUUUCAUAGAUCAAUGCUGUAGAGUCCAACUGGAAUCUCUUAAUGUCGAAUCAAUAAUGUUCAAAAGCACAGGACGCUGUUGGUCUGUGUGGACUUGUGUAUGAAAACUUCCUGUGCAAGAAAUAUGAGAGCUUUUUGAUUUGAUUAUGUGUCAGGUUUGUUUAAUGAAUUCUGUUCUCUUUUGUUUGUUUUAAUGGCCAGGUUUCUGUCUGGAUUUAACAUCAGUCUUAAGUGAUCUGAUCUCAAAUAGACAACACAAAAUACAGCUGUUUUGUCAAGUUCUUCUGCUCACCGAGGCUGCAAUAUUUGAUCAAAAAUACAGUAUAAACAGUUAAUUAUUAUUGCCAUUUAAAAUACCUGUUUUCUGUGUGAAUCUGUCUUAAACAGUAAUGUAUUUCUGUGAUG